GUUGCAGUCAUUACGGGAGAAAAUGCUGGGAUUGCAUAUAUUACGUGCAGAGAAUUGGCCAGAAACAACGCUCAUGUGUUCGUAUUAAGUCGUAGUAUCGAAAGAGGUCAGGUUGCCGUCGAAAAACUCAAAUCCAAGACUGAUAAUCGAAAUGUUGAAUUUUUGCAGUUGAAUUUAAAAAGUUUAAAAUCCGGUAAAGAAUGUGCCGAAAAAUUUGGCCAGGAAUUUACCAUUGCACAUUCUGAUGGAAUUCAAGAAGAAUUUGGAGCAAAUCAUGUUGGCCAUUUU